GCGUCCCCGUCAGUCGCUGACGCCGCGGCCUGCGCUGCACCGGGCGGGCGGAGAGCCGCACCCGGGACCCGCACCCGGGACCCUCCCGAGACCCGGCGCCAUGUCGCAGAGCGGGACCCCGGGGCCGCAGGAGGAGAGCCUGCAGGGCUCCUGGGUGGAGCUGCACUUCAGCGCGGCGGCCGGGGCGCCCGCGUCCGUGUCCCUGUCCGUGUCCGCGCACGACGGCGACGUGGAGAGGAUGCUGCUGGACGCGCAGCACGAGUCGGGCCGCAGCAGCUCCAAGAGCUCGCACUGCGACAGCCCGCCUCGCUCGCAGACCCCCCAGGACCCCAGCCGGGCGGCGGAGGCGGAAGGACACGGCGCAGCCGAGAAGAACAGCUCCCAGUCUGAGGAGGACUUCCUGGAGCGGCGGCGAGAGGUGGAGAGCAUCCUGAGGAGGAACUCUGACUGGAUCUGGGACUGGUCCAGCCGGCCCGAGAACGUCCCCCCCAAGGAGUUCCUCUUCAGACACCCCCGCCGGGCGCCGGCCCUCAGCAUGCGCAACACCAGCGCCAUGAAGAAGGGCGGCGUGUUCUCGGCCGAGUUCCUCAAGGUCUUCCUGCCGUCGCUGCUGCUGUCGCACCUGCUGGCCGUCGGGCUGGGGAUCUACAUCGGCAGGCGCCUCAGCACCUCCACCGGCACCUUCUGACGCGGCGGCGCGGGACAGACAGGCGGGCGGCCUCACUAGUCCCGGGAAGCAGCCGCCCCGCUCGGCCUCCACCCAUCGGCCCCCCUCAGCCCUGAGAGCCGCCUGAGCCGAGCGGAAUAAACGGCCCCGGUGGCGGACGCGGCUCUGAGGAGCUCCGGGUCUCUCCCCUCGAAGCGCCCGCAGCCCCGCGUCCCCUCAGUCGCCCUGCAGGUCGCUCCGGAGCCGCCGCUGUCCCGCUCGCUCGGCUGCCGGGUCCUGCCGUGAGCGGCCCUGUCCGGGAGGACGCCGUCGGUGCCGGGGACGGGCGACGGGCGACGGGCGCCCCGCGGCCAGGGGGUCCGGGCCCAGCCCUCGGUCCCCUCAGCGCCGCCGCCCUCGUCCCGUCCCGUCCCGUCCCGUCCCGUCCCCGGCCGCCCCUCCGCCGCCGUCAGCCCCUUGGCGGGGUUGUGCUUGUGGCCGGAGGGAGGGAGACGCCGCAGCCCCUCAGGCGACAAGCCAGCCGUGCGUGAGGCCAGGUCUGUCCCGGCCCUCGGCUGAGCCCGGAGUCCCGCCGCGAGCGAGCGAGUCCCGCGAGUCCCGCCCGGGCUCAGCCUGGUGUCCUGAGGCGCGUGACAAAUAAAGUCUCCACAGAGA